AUGGUUAAGAUAAAGAAAGAGAGUCACCGGCAAGUCACGUUUUCCAAACGCAGAGCCGGUCUUUUCAAGAAAGCUAGUGAGCUUUGCACGUUGUGCGGUGCUGAGAUUGGGAUCAUCGUGUUUUCUCCCGCGAAAAAGCCUUUCUCUUUCGGCCAUCCGAGUGUGGAAUCCGUAUUGGAUCGUUACUUGUCCCUAAACAAUGAGUCUUUAACGCAAAUGCAUCAACCACAAGAAAACCGUGCAACAAGCUCCGAGCUGAAUUUGCGGUUGACGCAAAUUUUGAGCGAGGUAGAAGAGGAGAAGAAAAAGGGUCAAGCGAUGGAAGAAAUAAGAAAAGCGAAGAUGAUCAAUUGGUGGGAAGCUCCCGUGGAAAAGAUGGAUAUGGUUCAAUUACAAGAAAUGAAAUAUGCAUUGCAAGAGUUGAGGAAGACUAUUGUGUCAGAGUCGUCGAAUACAACGCCGUUUAACGAGGUGAAAGAGGACGUAUUCGGUUUCUUGGAUAACAAAGUGACGACUUCUUCUUACAAUGUUACCUACGGAAAUGGUUGUUUUUGA